AUGUCGGCUCCUUUCGAGGAGCGCAGCGGGGUGGUGCCCUGCGGGACGCCCUGGGGCCGCUGGUAUCAGACUCUAGAGGAGGUGUUCAUCGAGGUGCAGGUGCCGCCGGGCACCCGGGCUAAGGACGUCAGCUGCAACCUGCAGAGCCGGCACAUCGCGCUCUCCGUCCGGGGCCAGGACGUGCUGCAGGGUAAACUUUUUGACUCUACAGUAACUGAUGAAGGAACAUGGACAUUAGAGGACAGGAAGCUGAUACGAAUUGUUCUAAUGAAGACAAAUAGAGAUGCUGGAAAUUGUUGGACGUCUCUCUUAGAAAACGAAUAUGCUGCUGAUCCUUGGGUACAGGACCAGAUGCAAAGGAAACUUACGCUGGAGCGAUUCCAAAGAGAGAAUCCUGGAUUUGACUUCAGCGGGGCAGAAAUUUCUGGAAAUUACAGCAAAGGAGGACCAGACUUUUCUAGUCUUGAAAAGUAAACUGUUUUUAUUUGGGUUCCAUGGGAGGAAUUGCACCUUACACUUAAAGACUGGAAUCAUGUAACUGAUGAAGUCUUCAAUGAUCUCUUCAAUGGAUUGUGGUCAAGUAAUUACUUCAGUGAAGAGACAGAUCUCUUCCAGUAGAACAAAGUGUUAUCAGCUGAUUUAUAAGCUGUGAUAAAUUUCUAAUACUCAAGGACAAACUCUAGAGAAAGGUGUACACACUAAACCCCUCAUCUUUCAUCAGAAUUUUGAUGUAGGGUUUUAACAUCAUAGUAAACUAGUCAGUUAUAAAUACACCACUUGUCUUUAUGCAAUAAUAUUCAAUAUUGAAGAUCAGAUGUUAUGAACGAAAGAUUUUUCUCUUAACUUGCAACAGGAAGGAUAUUAAGAUGGCUACAGUUACUUUCCCCCUGUAGCAGCCCUCUGAGAUGUCAGAAAUGUUAUUCUAAAAAUGUGGUUUAAAUAGAGACUGCUGCAUCUUGCCUUAAAUAGCCCACUGUGCUAAUAUAGCACUAAUGAUUAAUACUUUCUACCAGGUAAGCAAUGCUAUAAAACGGAAAGGUCAGGUCAAAAUCUGGGUAUAAAUAAUUUUGUAUGUUAAUAUAAUGUAGAAUUUCAGUGUAAAUAUUUAAAAUUUUGAAAAAGAAUAGAAUGACUUCUAAAAGGAAUAGGAAAUCUCAAAGUAGGAAAUGGUAUCUUGCAUCUCUUCAUCACCAUCAUAUGGCACUAUGUGUUGAUAGCGUAUCUAAGAAGCUGUAGAUUUUUCUAGACACAAUUUUAAAGCCACAUUUUAAACUUAGCUAUUGCAUGAUAUAUUUUUGCACGUGCCAAUUACAUAUCAGGAAUGUUCUGCAGCAGAGAAGUGUUCCAGCCACAGUACUGUACAGGAUGAAAGCUGUGUCAAACAUAUUAGGAGGAGGAAAACAUGAUUGCCAACUAAUGUUGUAUUCUGAACACUAAAGCGCCUCCUUUUAAGGAAGUCUUAAGCAGAAGUCUCACUGGAGAUAAACUGCCAGCAGCUGGUCCCAUCAUACUGCUGAGCCUCAUUUCUGAAAUUGUAUCACACUUUCAGUUGGCAUAUGGCAAAAAUAAAGCAAGAG